CGCGUAACGAAACGCGCAUGUUCCCAAAGAAAAUCGGUAAUUUCUGUAACCUUGGAAAACUGUUUAUAUAUUACAUCGAAUAUUCACAUAUUUUAAGCAAGUUUUCAAAUAUUCCUUGAAUGAUUUUGAAUAAUGAGACUGUCAUCUAUAAUGAAACGUAGAGGAGCUUUAAUAGUGGUGGAAGGUGUAGACAGAUCAGGAAAAUCGACACAAUGUAAUUUAUUAACUCAAAGUCUAAAGGCUAGAAACUACACUGUACAAAAGGCAAAUUUUCCUGAUCGAACAACAGCAAUAGGAAAUAUAAUUGAUCAGUAUUUGAAGCAGGAGAUCAAGUUGACUGACGAAGCUGUGCAUUUACUCUUCUCCGCCAAUAGAUGGGAAAAAAUGCACGAAAUACAAAAAUCUUUGGCUGAAGGAACUACUUGGAUCAUUGACCGAUAUAGUUACUCAGGAAUUAUCUUUUCUUCUAUUAAAAAAAAUAUGUCUUUUGAUUGGUGCAAAAUGCCAGAAUCAGGACUGCCAGAACCAGAUCUAACAUUUUUACUUAUGGUGGAUGAUGAAACAUUGGCACAAAGACCUGGAUUUGGUAAUGAAAUCUAUGAGAAAACUGAGAUUCAGAGAAAGGUAAAGCAUCUGUUUAAAAAGGUAUAUAAUUUUGAGCCUACAUGGGAAAUUAUAGAUGCCAGCAAAAGUAAAGAAGAAGUGCAUGAUAAAAUGUUAGACUUAGUCAUACAGAAAAUUAGAGAAGUUGAGUAUAAACCCUUGAAAUUUCUAAAAUUUUUGCCAGAUAAAAAUAUACUUAGUUAUUAAUUUGUGUUUAGUUGUAAGUUGUAAUUUUAUUCAUUGUAAAUAAAGAUUUAUUUUAUAAUAUAUUUAAGUGAAACAACAUAA